CUGGCGGGCGGGGGCUCUUUCGGCGCGGAGCUUGUGCGCGGCAGCCCGCGGGGCAGCGGGGACGGCGGCUGUGGUCUGGCCGCCGGACAGGGGAGGAGGAGGUGCCAGACUCACGAGCCGCUCGCCGGCAAACGAGGAGGAGCGGAGCGGCUGGUGAGGCGGCCGGAGAAGGAGAAAAAGAAGAAGGAGGACGAGGAGAAGGAGGAGGACGGAGAGGAGGAGAAGGAGAAAGGGGAAGGGAGGAGGAAGCACCAGCGCUCAGCCGACCCCGCAGACGCUGCCGCCAACCACUUCCCCGCUAGCCCGCGAACCCGAUCCGCUCCCGGAAACCCUCGGCUUUGCCUCUCGCCGCGGCGGCGGGGUCUCGGCUGGGCUCGCCACCCCGGCGUACCAGGCGCGGAGGGAGCAACUUCUCCUCGCACUUCUCCGCCGGGGGUGGUGGCUCCCGGGGUCCCCGCCCUCCGUGGCUGCGAGAGAACUUUGCCCGAGCGCGAGGCGGCGAGUGGGGCCCAGGAGCGGCGGCCGCCGCGGCGAUGAAGCUGAGCCGGCAAUUCACGGUGUUCGGCAGCGCGAUCUUCUGCGUGGUGAUCUUCUCCCUCUACCUGAUGCUGGACCGUGGCCACUUCGACCACCCGAAGAGCCCCCGGCAGGAGGGCACCUUUCCCAAGGGACAGCUUUCAAUACUACAAGAAAAAAUUGAUCAUCUAGAACGCCUGUUGGCAGAAAAUAAUGAGAUUAUUUCAAACAUUCGAGAUUCUGUGAUUAAUCUGAGUGAAUCAGUAAAGGAUGGUCAAAAAAAUCCAGAGGCUAUAAACUUCAGUCAAGGAUCUGUCUCUGAUCUCUUCCCUUCUGCUUCAGUUGUACUUCCAAUUGAUUCUGAAGAUUGUUUGUUUGCUACAAAGAGUGGAAGUCAUGGUUCAGAUGUGCAGAUGUUAGAUGUCUAUGACUUUCUUACAUUCGACAAUCCAGAUGGUGGUGUGUGGAAACAAGGAUUUGAAAUCACAUACAAUGAAAAUGAAUGGGACAGUGAACCACUUCAAGUUUUCGUUGUGCCUCACUCACAUAACGAUCCAGGUUGGCUGAAAACAUUUGAUGAUUACUUCAAAGAUCAGACACAGCAUAUCUUAAAUAACAUGGUUAUAAAACUGCAAGAAGACAAUCGGAGGAAAUUUAUGUGGUCCGAAAUAUCUUACUUUUCAAAAUGGUGGGAUGGAAUAGAUAGCCAAAAAAAAGAUGCCAUUAAAAGGUUAAUAAAAGAUGGACAAUUUGAAAUAGUUACAGGAGGAUGGGUCAUGCCUGAUGAAGCCUCUGCGCAUUAUUUUGCUUUAAUAGAUCAGCUGAUAGAAGGACAUCAAUGGCUAGAAAAGAACCUUGGAGUAAAACCAAAGUCUGGUUGGGCAGUUGAUCCGUUUGGGCAUUCACCAACAAUGGCCUACCUUCUGAAACGCACAGGAUUUUCCAAUAUGCUUAUACAGAGAGUUCAUUACUCAGUUAAAAAACAUUUUGCAGUGCAAAAAACACUAGAAUUUUUUUGGAGACAGAACUGGGAUUUGGGAUCCAGUACAGAUAUCCUUUGUCAUAUGAUGCCUUUCUAUAGUUAUGAUGUUCCUCACACUUGUGGUCCAGAUCCAAAAAUAUGCUGCCAGUUUGAUUUUAGACGCCUUCCUGGAGGAAGAAUAAGCUGUCCAUGGAGAGUUCCACCAGAAGCCAUCCAUGCUGGGAAUGUUCAGUACAGGGCUUGGCUGAUUUUAGAUCAAUACAGAAAGAAGUCUAAGCUUUUCCGUACUAAAGUUCUGCUGGCUCCAUUAGGGGAUGAUUUUCGCUAUGUUGAGAGCUCAGAAUGGGAUCAGCAGUUCCAGAAUUAUCAGAAACUCUUUGAUUAUAUGAAUUCUCACCCUGAAUGGCAUGUUAAGGUCCAGUUUGGAACUUUAUCAGACUACUUUGAAGCUCUGCGUAAAGAAAGCAAUUUGAUAGGACAGAGCAGCAGUUCAUUUUUCCCUGUUUUAAGUGGAGACUUCUUCACCUAUGCAGACAGAGAUCAUCAUUACUGGAGUGGGUACUUUACAUCACGACCCUUCUACAAACGACUCGACAGAGCCAUGGAAUCUUACUUACGGGCAGCUGAAAUCCUCUACUCUUUGGCUUUGGUACAGUCCAGUAAAUCUGAGAAGAUGAGUAUAUUUCCCUCUGGGGAUAACUAUAAAUUGCUGACAGAAGCUAGAAGGAACCUUGGGCUCUUCCAGCAUCAUGAUGCUAUUACAGGAACGUCCAAAGAUUGGGUAGUUGUGGAUUAUGGCACUAGGCUUUUCCAUUCAAUAAUGAACUUGAAGAAAGUAAUAAUUGACUCUGUUCAUAUUCUUAUCCUCAAGGAUAAAGGUGCUUAUAAUUAUGACACAUUAACUCCAUUCCUGAGGAUGGAUGAUGUCCAGUCUUCCCAAGAUUCUUUGCCGCACAAGACAGUUAUAAAGCUGACAUCACAACCAAGAUACCUUCUGGUAUAUAAUCCUAUGGAACAAGAGCGAUCUUCAGUGGUUUCAGUCAAUGUGAAUUCACCUAAAGUUAAACUGUUAUCUCCUUUGGGAAAACCUGUUACUGUCCAGAUAAGUGCUGUUUGGGAUGGAGCAGCUACAGUAUCACAUGAAGCCUAUCAGAUGUCUUUUGUGGCACAUGUACCACCUCUGGGACUUGGAGUGUACCAGCUUUUCGAGGGUCAGAGUUCAGAAGCAGUUUUAGCAGACUAUAGUAUAUACACGAGAAAUAGAAGGCAGGCGAAACCAGACAAAGUUUUCAAGAUACAAGAGAUGCAGAAUUCUGUGGAUAAUAUAAUCUUAGAAAAUUCUUAUAUGAAACUGUGGUUUUCGGGAAUGUCUGGAUUAUUGGAGAAAAUAAAUAACAAAGAAGAUGGUAAAAAUCGUCAAAUAAAGGUGGAGUUUGCUUGGUAUGGAACUACAAGUAACCGGGAUAAAAGUGGAGCUUAUCUCUUUUUACCAGAUGGAGAUGCCAAGCCUUAUAUUUUUGCAGAUCCACCUACCAUAAGAGUUGCUCAUGGAAGAAUUUUCUCAGAAGUUGUAUGUUUUUUCCACCAUGUGACACAUACCGCCCGGCUGUAUAAAGUCCAGGGUUUGGAAGGCCGGUCUCUAGAAGUUUCCAAUAUUGUGGAUAUUACAGGAGAAUAUAAUCGUGAGCUUGCAAUGAGAAUUUCAUCUGAUGUAAACAGUCAAAAUAGAUUCUAUACUGAUCUUAAUGGAUAUCAGAUCCAGCCCAGAAUGACGAUGAGCAAAUUGCCUCUCCAAGCAAAUAUAUAUCCUAUGACUACAAUGGCCUAUAUCCAAGAUGCUGGUGUUCGUUUGACACUUCAUUCAGCUCAGUCUCUAGGUGUUGCAAGCUUGAAAAAUGGUCAGUUGGAAGUGAUCAUGGAUCGUCGACUUAUGCAGGAUGACAACCGUGGCCUUGGACAAGGUGUCCAAGAUAACAAGAUUACAGCUAAUAUGUUCCGACUUUUGCUGGAAAGAAGACACGGAGCAGAUGUGAACGAAGAGAAGGCAUCAGUCAGUUUUCCCUCACUUCUUAGCCAUAUGACUUCAUCUUUCUUAAAUCAUCCUGUAAUUCCAAUGACAACAUAUGCAGAUUCAGGUGUCCCAGAGUUGCUAAACACUUUUUCUCCACUCGUGUCAUCUCUGCCUUGUGACAUGCAUAUAGUCAACCUGAGAACAAUCCAGUCUAAGGUGGAUAUUGAGCCAUCUGAUGAAGCUGCUCUGAUUCUUCACAGAAAGGGAUUUGACUGUAGAUUUUCAAACAGAGACACGGGUCUGCACUGUUCCACUACUCAGGGAAAGAUAAAGGUGCAUAAACUCUUCAACAAAUUCAGAGUGGAAAGUCUUAAACCCAUAUCUUUAUCUUUGAUGCAUUCACCUCCAGAUGCCAGAAAUAUAAGUGAAAUAAAUAUGAGUUCUAUGGAGAUAAAUACAUUUCGGAUUCGGCUAAGAUGAAUUCUGACUUGAAAACUCAGAGAAGAGGAUUUGGCGAUUAUAUCUCCUCUAAGUUUCAUGUGCAAUAAAAAGCACAUUAUUAUUAUUAUUAUUAUAAUUAUUAUUAUUAUUAUUAUUAUUAUUAUUAUUCCAGCUUCUGGAUACUGUGAGAAAAACAUGCAUUCUGUAAUUUUUUGACCUACACAGUGAAAAGCCAUGUUGCAAGUAACUUUUUUUGUUUUGUUUUCAUAAAACAGCAACAUCAGUGUAAGUUAAUGCAACAAAUGAAGAAAUUUCUAAGGAUUUUAACCUCUCAAAAAAUUACAUCUCAGGUUAAAUGCUAACUAAUAAUGUUUUUGGUGUUCUAAUUUUCAUAAAGAGGGGAUUGGAUUUUAAGCAGCCUUCUUUGGUGAUCCUUGAUGAAUUUCGUUAAAAAUAAUUCAAUGUGGAAAGUCCUGAUGCAGCUUGGAAGUAAAAUAGAAUAAAAUUUCGUGUGUAGUAGCUAAAGUCCAAAUAUUUACAAUCCUUUAUAUAGAUGACAGUAAUCUCAAUUUAUUCCACAAUUAAUUUCAAUUUAUUCUACACAAAGGGGAUUAUAUUAAUUGUGGUAAAAAGCCUGAAAUACUUGUGAUAAGUGGUGGUAGAUUUUAAUGCUUCUACCAUUCACCUGAGUUAUGUAAAUAGAAAAACAUGAAUCUACAAAAUUUUGCAGUGGAAAUGUUUAAUAAAACUCCCAUUUUGUUACUUGACACACUGGGAUAUGUGCAAUUAUUCCAUUGUAAUGCAUGAUGUCCAUAGUUAUCAUGACUACAAGACUUCUUAUAAAACUCAUUCAGAUACUGAUGUUCCCUAAAAUGAGUUUUGUAUUUCAAGAUUAUCAUAUCAAGAUAAAUGUGCCUUAUUUUUUGAUAUGUCUUGUUACAAUUUUGGUGUCUAUGUUAAUGUUUUGGGGGAAAAGAUAGUAUGGAUAAAACUUAAACUGUGUAUCUCUUAUUUGACAAUGCUCGCCACACUCUGAUCUAUGUCCUCCUGGACCAAGUUUGUGCUAUCUUGUUCGGAACAUUUUGACUAUUUGAAUGCAUAAAAUGAUGUCAUAAGAUGAAAAGAAAAAAAAAAUGUUACUGUAAAACCUAAAUUCAGAUAUGUUCAAGGAAAAGACAGCUUAAUGCAGAGAGUUGAUAGGAAGCAGGUCAUUGUCUGCAAACCCAUUAAAACGUGCUUGUAUGUCACAGACUGUGGUGAUCUAUUAAUUCAGAAUCGUGUGCCUCUAUUUAAAUGACAUUUUUCAAACUUGCAACCUCAACAUUGCUGAUGUUCGCAUAACUGAGGAAUGGAGUCUUACUUUUUGCUUUCUUUUCACAUAUUAAGUAAUUCACAUGUUAGUGCUGAAGCCAUCAAGUGUGAAAAAUAUUACCGUAUGUAGAACUGCUGUUUACAGUUAAUUAUAUAUAAACAUCCACUUAAGUAUAAUGCAGUUUCCUAGUUGUCAUUUAUCCUUAUAGCUUUAUCUGCUCUCUUUAUGCUUUAUGUUUCCAUAUAUCAUUGCUUACAUUUAAUAGUAAUGCAUUAAGUGUCAUCGUAGCUGGCAAAAGAUGUACUAUUUUCUAACACUGUUACGGCCUACUGUAUUUAAUUUCUUCGUUGUUGUUCCACAUUGUAUCAGAUUAUAUCAUCUAGCUGCAGGCUAUCUUAAAAUGAAAUUAAGAUGAAACUUUCAUACAUUGUCACAGGCUGGAUCUCCGAGAUUGUGUAGAUUUCCCUCCUUAAUUCAGUCUCCUGCGUGCUUUGUAAUUAAUGGAAUACUUAGUAGGACCUGGUGCAAGUUAUAUCAAGAAUAUAAAAACCACUAACCACAAAUGGAAGAAUCAGAUCCCAAUAAAUGGAUUUUUUCAUGCAAUAAACAUGUACUGUAUCUUUCUUAGCUGUAGUAUUUGAAAAUGCUAUUGUUUGUUGGAACCCAAGGCUUGGCAGAUUUGCCAGCAGAAAUUUCUCACAUCUGUUUUGUUGCAUCCUCAGAAUUAAAACACAUUAGAGAUGUUUAUAUGUUCUGUUCAAGAGAUUUUUCAAAAUACUAUUUCAGUUUCAUCAGGCAGAAAAGUAAAAUUUUGAUGCAAUAAAGUUUUAAAGCAUUUUACCUGUUAGAAUUGCGUUCAAAAGAUGUUUCAUACAGCAUCUGAUCUUUUAUUAGCAGCUGAACAAUCAAGAUACCUGAAUAUUCCUUGACCAGCAGAUUUAGUCUUCCUUUAUUUGUUGUUGUGUGUUUUUGGUUUUGUUUUUUUUAGCAAUAGACCAGCCUUCCAUUUGGGGUCCUUUCCUGUUACUUUAAUUAGUUCAGAAUGUGGCUGUCGGUGGCAUCAGCUUUUGUUUUUUAACAACUCUUUAUGUACUCUUAUGAUAAAUUUUUGUUACGUUAGAUAUUUCAGUUAGGUUCUUGUUUUUCCUGUGUAUUUUCCAUCUAAUUUAAUUUUUUUUUCCUAUUUUUGUAGCUGCUGGGUUUAUAACUGGUUAAGAGAACCAGGCAUCCUUCCCAUUUGUUUUUAAAGACAGUGCUGUGUAAGAUGAGUUUUAAAGCCUUGUCAUUACUUUCCAUACCAGAGUUGUACCUGUAUUGAUUAUUUUUCUUAUAUUCCUUUUGUCUUAAAUAUCUUUGAUUUGCUUGCUUCUAUUGUAUGAAACAAACUGAAUUCAACUGAAGGUUUUUGAUACUUUCUCUUGGAAUGUUUUAUACCUUAUGGGGAUAUGUAAAAUAAGAUCUCUAAUAAAAUAUAAUGUU